AUGGGGACCACAGCCCCAGGGCCCAUUUACCUUCUGGAUCUAUGUGACCAGAAACUCCUGGACUUUGUCUACAAUGUGGACAAUAAGGACUUCAUGUGGCUCAAGGAGAUUAAGGAGGAGGCUGAGCGCAUGUUUAUCAGAGAAUUCAACAAUGAACCAGAGCUGAUGCCCAAAACUCCUUCUCAGAAAAACCGUCGGAAGAAGAGGCGGGUGUCUAACAUUCAGGAUGAAAACAGAGAUCCCGUGAGGAGAAGGUUAUCCCGCAGAAAGUCUCGGAGCAGUCAGGUAGGCACCCGGCACCUCCGCAGCAAACCAGUCACUGUUAUUGAGGAAAAGGAGAAUGGUUCCCCUGUGUUGCAGCGGAUAACCCGGGCCACUGCCGCCGCCGCUGCUGCCGCAGCAGCAGCAGCAGCAGCAGCAGCAACAACAACAACAUCAGCAACAGCAGCAACAGCAUCAGUGUCUGUGGCAUCAGCUUCUUCCUCUCCCACUGCUGGGUCUCCUACAGUACUGAUCAAGAAAGCUGUGGUGGAGGUAAGCAUCAGUGAACGACUGAGUGCAGAACUACAAUUCCUUAAGCUCAAAGGUAGCCUUCCUCCAUCUUCAGUCCCGGCUCCAGCCACAUCUUCAGUUUCCCAAGGCACCCUGACGUCAGAGGAGGAACUAACGCCCAAGAAAUCAGAGGCUGGGAGGCUGGACUCUGUCACAGUGAACUCCCUCAAGGCUACACCUCAGAGCCCCGAGAACGGAGGGGUUGGGGAAGGACGUUCUGUUUCCAAGCUCAAGAUUGCUCGGGUCUCCCGGGGCCUGCAGGACUCUCCACGGCAAGAGCGGGUGCUUUCUCCUAUCCUGCCGAAUAACAUCUUGCCCACCACAGCCAAGAGCCCUCUUGGGAAUAUUCGGUCAUUGCGGCGAAGCCUGAUUUCCCAGGAUUCCCAAGUGCCACUAGCCACAAAGUAUUGUUUGGUGGCCGGACAAGAAAAUUCCAGUCGCAGAUCAAGCAAAAGGAUUGCCAAGAAGGCUGGCAAAGAGCCAGAGGCCUCUGCUCGCAUCAUUUGUCACAGUUACCUGGAGAGGCUCCUGAAUGUUGAAGUGCCUCAGAACGUUGGCCUGGAGCAGGAGCCUGUUGAGGUGGCCGAGUCUGAGGAGGCAGUAGAGGGCCAAGAGGUCUCCAAGAACAGUGGGUGUCCUUCCAAACCCCUCAGUGCCACCAAGAUUGCAAUUAGCACGCCCACCUCGAAGCCUGUGGCCACUACAGCUGUUGAAGAGCAAGAAGCCGAGCUUGACCAAACAGAUGGACACAGAGAACCACCCCAGAGUGUCAGGAGGAAACGCAGUUACAAACAGGCAAUGCGUGAACAGGAUGAGGAGCAGCUAGAAGACGAAGAACUGCAGCCCCCCCAGAAUAAGACCCCUUCCCCACCCUGUCCAGCCAACAAGGUGGUACGGCCCCUCCGGACUUUCUUGCACACAGUGCAGAAGAACCAGAUGCUCAUGACCCCCACUUUGGCUUCCCGCAGCAGUGUCAUGAAGUCUUUUAUUAAACGCAACACUCCGCUCCGUGUGGACCCUAAGUGCAGCUUUGUUGAGAAGGAGCGCCAGCGCCUAGAGAGCCUACGACGGAAGGAGGAGGCUGAGCAGCUACGCAGACAGAAGGUAGAGGAAGACAAGCGUCGGCGACUAGAAGAGAUGAAGCUGAAGCGUGACGAGCGCCUCCGAAAGGUGUUGCAGGCCCGUGAACAGAUGGAACAGAUGAAGGAGGAAAAGAAGAAACAGAUUGAGCAGAAGUUUGCUCAGAUUGAUGAGAAGACAGAAAAAGCUAAGGAGGAGCGGCUGGCAGAGAAGGCAAAGAAGAAGGCAACUGCCAAGAAGAUGGAAGAGGUAGAGGCACGCAGGAAACAGGAGGAGGAGGCACGCAGGCUCAGGUGGCUCCAACAGGAGGAAGAGGAGAGGCGGCAUCAAGAAAUGCUACAACGGAAGAAGGAGGAAGAACAGGAGCGCCGCAAAGCAGCUGAGGCCAGGCGGCUCGCAGAACAGCGUGAGCAAGAGCGUCGGAGGGAGCAGGAACGCAGGGAACAGGAAUGCAGGGAGCAGGAACGCAGGGAGCAGGAACGCAGGGAGCAGGAACGUCUUCGGGCCAAGAGGGAGAUGCAGGAGAGAGAGAAAGCCCUGCGGCUCCAAAAGGAACGACUUCAGAGGGAACUGGAGGAGAAGAAGAAGAAGGAAGAGCAGCAGCGCCUGGCUGAGCAGCAACUGCAGGAGGAGCAGGCAAAGAAAGCUAAGGAGGCAGCAGUCAGCAGAGUCCUGAAUGUGACUGUGGAUGUGCAGUCUCCUGUUUGUACCUCAUAUCAAAUGACUCCACAAGGACCCAAAUCCUUCCCCAAGAUCAGCAUAGAUGACUAUGGGAUGGACCUAAAUAGUGACGACUCCACAGAUGAUGAGGCCCAUCCCCGGAAACCCAUCCCUUCCUGGGCCAAAGGCACCCAACUCAGUCAGGCCAUCGUCCACCAGUACUAUCACCCCCCAAACAUUCUAGAGCUCUUCGGAUCUAUUCUCCCACUGGACUUGGAGGACAUCUUUAAGAAGAGAAAGACUCGCUACCACAAGCGCACUAGCUCUGCUGUUUGGAACUCGCCACCCCUGAAAGCCACUGUGGUUUCCAGAAGUGGGGACUAGCUGAUAGCCUGAAAAAGCCCUCAGUCCUUUUGGCAGCACAGGGCCCAUGUGUGUCUUUCUGUUUGUUUCUGUCUGUUUCUGUGUUGGGAUGGUGUCUUUCUGUCUGACAUGCCAUUGUUCAGGUAGAUCAGUGUCCUCUGUUUGUCAGGUACUCCCAGACCAGGCUCAGCACUGAUCGAUCUAUAGGCACAAGUACUCUGUAAAUAAAUUGUUACAGUUCAGUUGAAUGAAUUUUAGUUUCUAGUGUUUGUGAGGUAGUUUAAUAAAGUGUAUAGCCUGAAGCCUGCGGUGGAUAUUGUAAGACUAGAGGCUUCAUUGGAGUCGUCGUCUGCAGCAGUGUAUCCUGUGCCUUUACCUUCAGUGUGUGCCUAGACCACUUGGUUGGGCCAGAUGGGGUCCCACCCUGAGGUUCUAAUGCCAGACAACUCCUGGGAAACACGUCAGCAUGUCCUGAUAGGGCAGUUGAACAUGCUUCCUGUUUGUAAUUGGAGCCUAUUCCUUGGGAAAGACCUGUCCUGUGACACAGCUCUGCCACAUAGUCCCUCAGCCUCACCACUUCUCCAGCUCUGCCAUUUGCUGCACGAGGAUUGGAAGGACUUGAGGAAGGCCUCAUACUGGGAGCUAAUCAGGAAAGGAAUGCCCCUCAAGCUGACUUUGGGACAGACCUAUGCUUGCAAACAGGGAUGGGGGGGUAGGGGUGGGAUGAAACUGCAAACCCACUAGCUACCAUGUAAAUGCUCAGUGAAGAGUGGCCUUGCUCCUGAUAGCUCCUGGUGCUCUCUUCUGGAACUGGGGUAAGCCACCUGUGGUAGAAAGGCCAAAUCAAAGUACAGAUAUUUUGGAUAUAGCUAUAGUAAAGCCAAUUUGUUUUCCCAUUACCUCCAACUCUUCUGUUGUGAGGGCAGUUAGUUACGUGGCCUGAGAAGCUGAUAGGCUUACUAUGGAAACCUGUUCAGAAGAUCUUUGCCAAUUGCUUUAGGUCAAAAUACAGUAAACACAAGUGCAGUAGUGCUUUAAACAGGGAACUGCGAACACAGGGUCUGAAGUCUAGACUCUUCCCACCAAUACAGAGUUCAUUCAGAUAUGUUAUACACAGUGCAGCUUACUCCAUGAAUUCUCACACAUAACUGUUGAAACUGGAAGACAUGUCUGUCUUAAACCACAAAAUCAAACUCAUUUGUUAGCACAUUUAUCCAGUGCUUAGGAAACCAAAGGAAGGCAGAUAACUAACACCACUCAUGGUGAGUGCACGCGUUCUUCAUCUUCCGUUCAGGACACCAGCUUUUCUAAGUAUCUAAUGGAUUUGUAGUCAGUGCCAUAGGACUAAGAGCAAAAGAUAAGGAUUAAAAUUCAUCAGGGGUAAGGAGUGCUUAGUGUGCAUAGGGCUUGGGUUCAGUCCCCAGCAUGGAAUACACUUGACAAGAUUCAUCAGGGGUAAAGAGUGCUUAGCGUGCGUAGGGCUUGGGCUCAGUCCCAGCACGGAGUACACUUGACAAGAGUCUGGAACUCAGUGAAAGCUAAAUACACUAAUUUUGAGAGAAAUUAACAAAGACAAGUGGAGGGUUGCAGAUGCCAUCCUCAUGGGUGGAAAUGCUUCUGAAUAUCUCAGGUCUCCACCUCCAGGAGACUCACCAAGUCCAAUCCCUUUGUUUUGGCUUAUGGUGGGGGCAGAGUAGAAGUUUAUGAAAAGUAGGUUCAAAAAUUUUAGCUGCAACAGACUUACAAAAUAAGGCAUUGCACUUGAGAUAUUGUUGAAGUCAGAGUGAUUUUGGCAUAAAGACACACGUCUGGAACUGUGUGCCUUCUAGAAGUAGACCUUUGCUUAUCUGAUUGCUUGGCUUUUGACAAAGGCAGAAAGGCAGUUUGGAUUGGGGAGGAGGCAUUGCUCACAUGCUCUCAGAAAGUAUUAGAUAUUUUAAAAACUUCCAGCUCUUUCUCAUAAGGAAUGCUAGGUUUAACUCACAGUUGAUUGAAAGAUUGACAUUAAAGCUAAAAUAAAACUAAAGGAGAACAGGGCUAGCUUAAUGGGAAAGGUACUUGCCACCAACCUGAUCUGCGUUUGAUAAGUGGGACCUAGAUAGUGAAAGAAUACUGACUUCUGCCAGUUAUCCUUUGACCUCUACAUGUGUACUGUGGCAUGAGUGCAUCUCCUCCCAUUAUAUACAUAAGUGGACCACUACUACCACCUUCAACAAAAAGUGUUUUUCACAUGAACUUAAAAAAAAAAGGACUAAUAGAUACAAAAAUUCACAACUUUUGUUUUUUAAAGUUAGUGCUGUUUCUCUGUAUCCAUCCUAGGGAGGAAUGGUGCACCUACACAUGCACACACACAGUUUUGUUGCCCAAAAGAACCCUAAUUAUCUUCUUUAUCUUGCCAUUCAAACACAAUAUUACCAACACCAAGUACACCACUAACACUUUUCUCUAAUUGUAUCAUAAUUGCAGUGGGAUAUAAAAAUUAUCCAUUUUAUAUGUAAGUUCAUAGAACAUUUGCUUGUAACUGAACUAGUAAGCCAGUUCAGGACUCCUCACGCAAGUGUCUGCAUCUAUCCACAUAUUAGGAGGAUGCCAGGACGCUAAAGCACAAGAAUGGUGGUUAUAGCUAUAAAGAAAAACAAAACAAAACAAAACAAAAAAACAAGGCUAGACGGGGAAGUUUCUAACAGAAGACAUUACAUUUGGAAUUCUGGGCAGGAGAGAUAGCUCAGGGUAAGGGCUAAUCUAGUCUGCUAAGCCUGCUGACCCGAGCUCAAUCCCGGGGACCCACAUGGUGGAAGGGGAGAACCAACUCUCACAAGUUGUCUUCUGAUGUCCAAAGUGGUAUGCGUAUGUACAGAAGUGUAUAAAUAAAAUGUAACUCAGAAUUUGGAACUUUAAAUUGUGGUCUACGUAUAAUUUCAAAGAUAGUGUUUUUCAUUUUGUCAAAAAGUUUGCAAUGUGAGGGUAUUCUCUUUCAGUCUAUUUUGUUGGGACCAACAGGUCAAGUAGAAUGAUUUAUUUAUUUUCUUUAAAAGUAUUUAUUUUCCUGUUUAAGUGUGUCUGUUUGAGAGAGCUCACGUGUACCACAUGCCUGUAACAGCUCAGGUGGCUCAGAAGACGGCAUUGAUACUCUGGAACUGGAGUUGCAAGUGGUUGUGGUUGUGAGCCACUGUGUAGGAGCUGGGAAUUCCUUUGCAAAAUAAUCCAAUCCUCCUUUAAAUUUAACUUUAGUGUUCUUUAAGCUUCUUAAAAAUUAAAAGUUAUUUUCAUACAGCA